GGCUUACCCUCCAAAUUCACCAUGGGCCAUGGAAAAUCUGGCAAGAAGGCGUCCUUGAAGUCAACCUUGCAGUCACAACAGACAAGGUUGAAGAACAAACAAAAAGCUGCCCAUGCAGCCGAGGUUACUGAACAGAAAGGAAAACAGAAACAACAGCGUAAUAGUAAAAAAAGACCUACGAUACCGUUCAAGCCUACCGACAAAAUACUCCUCAUUGGCGAAGGGAAUUUCUCUUUUGCCCGUGCACUGCUCGUCGAUCCACCAUCGUCAUUGGAGCAUCUAGUGCCCAGAAACAUCACUGCUACUGCAUACGAUUCUGAAGAGGAAUGCUAUGCUAAAUACCCAGAAGCGAAGGAAAUAGUGGAGACUUUGAGAGAUAAAGGGGUCGAAACGCUAUUUGGGAUUGAUGCUACGAAACUCGAGAAGAUACCUACGUUCAAGGGCAAACUAUGGGAUCGGAUUGUGUGGAAUUUUCCUCAUUCAGGUAAAGGUAUAACAGAUCAGGACCGAAAUAUCCUAUCACACCAGAUACUGAUAUCUGAUUUCUUUCGCUCUGCCGCCAAAUUCCUUGCGAUCGGUCCCAUGCCAGUUAUCAGUGCGGGACACAAAAGAAAGCGGAAAGCAGAUGAUGAUGACGAAGACGAGGAGGAUGUUAAAGUUUCAGAGGACGAGAUGAUGUUUUCUGAUGAUGAGACUUCAACGCCUGCGACCGGAGCAAGGGGAACAGUACUCAUCACAUUGCGAAAUGUUGAACCAUACGUGAAAUGGGAUGUUCCACGGCUGGCUAAAAAUCCUCCCAAGGGAGGAGUCGCAGGGGCAUCUCCACCCCGCUAUACCAUCUUCAGGUCGUUCGUCUUUCAGAGGAAGCUAUGGAAGGGAUAUGAACACCGGAUGACAAAAGGCGAAAGAGUCAAUGGCCAGGGUACGACGGGACAGGGAGGAGAGGAUCGCACUUGGGAAUUUUGUCUCCGUGAUCAAUCAUGAUAUAUGUAUGAUGGUGCACGAGUAUGGCAAUACGUUUCAGCAUCACAAAUGAAACUUCUAAGCACACAAUAGGUGAAAUAAUAUAUGUGUAGGUCAACCAUAAAUACUGGUGCUAUGAUGAAGGUUCCGACUCUGCGCCCUGUUGCUCCUCUAAGCCCUUUUUGAGACCCUCCAAAGUUCUCGCCAGUCUUCCACCGCUCGCCUCACUCAGCACCGCUGCUAUUUGAGUAGCAGGUGAGCUGAUAAGUCCCACAAUCUGCGCUCUCAAUGUAUCCAAGGUGGGCAGCUUCGACACAUCUCGUGUACCCUCAGCUGCAAAUACCCGCCCCUCGAUCAAAGCCCCAACCAAAGACAGCUCUGGUGUCAAAUUUGGCUUCACCCUCUGAGGCUUCCUACCUGGAACAAAGUCAGGGUCGUCUUCCCGCUUCCUCGCUUUAUUAUUUUCCACAGGCUGAGUUUUUUUGCGGGGCACAGCGCGGUCUAAUGCGCGUAGGAUGAUAUCCAUCUGGGGUGGGUUGAGCGAUGGCAGUGUAAGGACAGCAAGACUGCCUGUAACCAAAUCCGCAAUUUCUGACGUAGUGGUAGCAUCCAUUGGCGCAAAUUCACGUAGCGCAACACCAAAAAGCGACGUGCGCAUGACUGUCAGCGUUGGCGGGUCUGAUGGCACAGAAAUUGGAGUGGGCGAGGCAAGGGAAGGAGGCAAGCGGGUGGAUGCAUCUGAGAUGUCUCGACGCAGCUUUUGGAGUCUCUGUACGGUAAAAUUGGUGUGCUGCAGAAAUAUCAUGGGCGAGUCUGCACUGGCUUCGAGCAUCCUCAUGUAUUGGUGGUAGAGGAAUGUCUUUCUGACUCCAUAGCGCCGUGGUGUUGGCUUUCCAUCAUAUACUCGAGGUGGUUUGACAGAUACGACAUAUGUGCGAGACAAGAAAUGCUUUAUGGAGGACGCAGAC